CGGAAGUGCCGGGCUCCGGCCCCAUGGAGGAACCCUCGUGGGUUUAUUCAUCCUUUCAGGAUAGAAAUCGGCCGUGAAGGGGUCAUGAUUCCAGACGUUCCCACCCCGCUUUACUCGCACGCGGGACGCGGGGACUUCCGGGACGUUUACGAGCCGGCGGAGGACUCGUUCCUCCUGAUGGACGCGCUGGAGCAGGACGCCGCGAGGCUGCGGCUCAUCAGCCCCUGCGUGUGCCUGGAGGUGGGAUCGGGCUCUGGAGUGGUGUCUGCCUUCCUGUCCUCGCUGCUGGGACCCUCAGCUCUGCACAUAUGCACCGACGUGAACCCGGCGGCGGCCCGCUGCACGGCGGAGACGGCCUCCCGGAACCGGGUCCCGCUGCAGCCCGUCCUCACAGACCUGGCGCAGUGCCUCCUCCCCCGGCUGUGCGGGAAGGUGGACGUCCUCCUCUUCAACCCGCCCUACGUGGUCACGCCCUCAGAGGAGGUCGGCGGGUCGGGCAUCGAGGCGUCCUGGGCCGGCGGGCUGCGGGGUCGGGAGGUCACCGACAGGCUCCUCCCCCUGGUGGGGCGGCUGCUGUCCGCCGCCGGACUCUUCUACCUGGUGACCAUCGCAGAGAACCGUCCAGAUGACAUUAUCCAGAUUCUGGGGCAGCAGGGUUUGACCGGAGAGCCCUGUUUGACGACCAGAGCCGGAAACGAGAGACUUUCCAUCCUGCGGUUCCACCGGAGCCCAGAAAACACCACGUGACGUUUACUGACAUGUUUACUUUUUAAUGGCUCGUUUUCUCCAAUUUUAACUGAAUUUCAUGGAAAUAAACUGGAUGUGGUUC